CCUCUUCCUCGUUCUCCGCCGGAGGGAAGAGUCCCGCAGUCGCUCAGACCGAGAAGCAGCAUCAGCAUCAGCAGCGGAGGAGGCCGGCGAGGAGGGUCUCUGACUAGACCCCCGCCCCAAUUCCAAUCCCGGCUGCCCUCCCCGGAUGUGAGGCGGGUCGAGAGCGAGCGGGACCGGCGGGGGAUGGCGAUGGGUCUCCCGCGGGCCCUGGGCCUGGCGCUGGCCCUCUGCCACUCGCUCGGCGCCUCCGCCUCCUCCUCCUCCUCCUCCAGAGACCCCCAGGGACCCCCCUGGGACAACCACCUGCCCUUCGCCGCCCCGGGAAGCAGCAGCAGCAGCAGCAGCAGCAAUGCCUUCUUCACGGAGACCCCGCACGACAUGACGGCCCGGGCCGGGGAGGACGUGGAGAUGGCCUGCUCCUUCCGUGGGAGCGGAUCCCCCUCCUACUCCCUGGAGAUCCAGUGGUGGUACGUCCGCACCCACCGGGACUGGACAGACAAGCAGAGCUGGGCCUCCAACCAGCUAAAAGCAUCUCCACAGGAAGAGCCCGGGAAGGAAGCGACGAAAAUAAGCGUGGUGAAAGUGGUGGGCAGCAACAUCUCCCACAAGCUACGCCUAUCCCGGGUGAAGCCCACAGACGAAGGGACCUACGAGUGCCGCGUCAUCGACUUCAGCGACAGCCAGGCCCGCCACCACAAGGUCAAGGCCUACCUGCGGGUGGAAACUGACGACAACAAUGCUGCCCUACGACGCCACAAUGGCCUCGCCCCCUUGCCCGGUGGGCACCUCCAAGACACCCAGCCGCUCUCGGGACUCCCGCAAACUGACCACGGCAAAUUGACCGCCUCCCACCCACACCACCAACACCACCACAAGCCAGGCAAGGAACUCAAGAAGCGCUCCGUGCCCGACGAUGCCUCCUGCACCCUCUAAGCAGGUCGACGCUGGGAGCGGGGCCACAAUGGGAUGGCUGGCUGGCUGGGGGUCCUUCCUCCUCUGUCUCUUCUCUUCCUCCUCCCCCUCAUCCCACUCACAGAGGCAACCCAUAAACCUUUUGUUGGGUGAUACUGGUUAGCCAAGAUCAAUGUUGGUCUUGCAGAACUGACACCAUGAAACCAGAGAUCCUGCUUUCUUACCCUGUUGACAUCAAGGUGACUAGAUCCUGCAGAACUGAUGCCUUGAAAGCAGAGAUGCCACCUAGCCCAUUACACCAACACUCCUGUCCUUUGUUGGGGUGACAUUGAGGUGGCCAGGUCAACAAUGACAUCACAAAGCCAGAGAGGCCACCUUUCACCCCAUUACACCAUCGUUUCUUUCUUCAAGUGGUAUCAAGGUGGCCAGGUCAACAUUGUGUCCUGCAGAAUUGAUGCCAUGAAAGCAGAGAUGCCACCUUCUACCCAUUGGGCUGUCCCUCCUGUUCUUUUCUUGAGUGGCAUUGGGGUGGCCAGGUCAACAUUGGGUCCUGCAGAAUUGUUGCCGUGAAGCCAGAGGUGCCACCUUCUGCCCCGUUAUCCUGGCUCUCCUCUCCUUCUUUUGGGUGGUUAAUACAACAUUGGGUCAUGCAGAACUGAUGUUAUGAAAGCAGAGAUGCCACUGAUAUAGACUAGAUUCUAUAUCACCACCUUCUACCCCAUUACUCCAUUGUUCCUGACCUUCUUUCGGGUGGCUAGGUCAACAUUAGGGUCAUGCAGAAUUGACCAAAGAUGCCACCCGUUCCACAUCCGCAUGACAACCCUUCCACCAUCACAAUUCCGUCAACUAGAUAUACCUAUUUUGAACAUUCUCUCUCCUCUGAAGAAGUUCGUCUUGCACAAACUGGAACCACUGCAAGGGAAGUUGGGAUUUUGUGGUUCUACCAACCAGCUGGUGGCUUUCUCAUUGGCAUCACCCCAAUACUUGGAUGGUGGAUGCUGUGUUUGGCAUCCCAUUUGACUCCUAGGCCACUUGGAGAUGCUCUUGACCUCCUAAAACAGAGGUGGCCAGUUUGGCUGUUGGGUUGCACCCUUCCAUUGGCGCGUUCUCUUGCUUGUUAAUGUCCAGAUGAGCAGUAGAAGGCUUGUUUUUGAGGAAUGCAGCGGAAGAGCCAUUGUGGCCCUUUGGGUAGCCUGAAAGCAGGGUUGGUUGGCUUCUUGAAGGUCCCUCCACGGCCCUGAAGGAACAAAGAUGGACCUGAAGUCUUGGACGCCUUGCUGUUCCUUCCUUCGAAGAAGGACACCUUGAACCUCUUUACCGUUUGCAUUGCUAGCUUCCUCCUGCCAUUUGUGAGCCCUAUAGUUUUUUCUUUCUUCACCUUGCUUUGUAAAACAAUACUUCGGGGAAGGUGGGGGGAGGGAUUUGUGUGCCAUUUUGAACCCUUACUUUGAACGCACUUGCUAUCCACUUAUGUUAUGAUGAACAUGGAUGACUGUAUAACUGUAAAUAUAAAUGACCGGUCCGCUCAGUAAUUGCCCCUUUAAUAUAUGCACAGUGAAGCCCCGGGGAGAAGGCGGUGUCCAAAAAGGUACAUUGAAGCACUUCUGCCCUGAUGCCGCAAAGUACGGAACGGCCCAAAGAUGCAUUCCUGACCAAGAAAUUCAUGAAUGCUCUAUUGAAAUGAAUAACUUUUGCUGAAAGUUGCCAACUCUGGAAGACCGAGAUACCAUUGAAUUGUGAAUUUCCUAUGCCCCCCAAGGCAACCCUAUGGUAAUACCCAGCGGGAGGAUCUGGAAAAAUACCAUAGAAUUCAUAGAGAGGUAGAAUGAAUGCAGUUUGACCCCACUUACAACGCCAUGGCUCAAUGCUGAGAACCCUGAGAAUUAUAGUUUGGAGAGCACUCUUUAGUACAAAAGGCUAAAGGCCUUGUAGAACUGCAACUCCCAAGAUUCCAUAACAUUGUGCCAUGGCAGUUAAAGUGGAAUCAAACUGCAUUCAUUCCUCAGUCUAGACCAGUGGUUCCCAACCUGUGGGUAUUGUUGACAAUUGAGACAUAAUCACCUUCUUCGUCUCAAUUGCUCCACUUCCGAAGACAUGGUCUUCAGUCCAGUCCCACGGAAUAAAAAGCUGUCGUCAAUCUCGGCGGUUCAAAACCUUUAUUGAUAUUAUCUACAGCAGUAUUUACAUAAAGAGAAGCUAACACAAGUCUCAUCUCAAGCAGAUCAUGACUAUCGAGGAACGUUAUCAGCAAAGUUGUCUCCUCCAACAUUCCAAAUUAGUGAUUUAUGUCCUUCUAUACAGAGGAAGCUGAAAUACGUCACUCUGGGCAGUAAAUCUACUUCUAUGCAUUUAACUAUUCCUCUAUUCCUGGAAUGCUUAGAGGAACCUAACACAAUUACUGCUAACUUCAACCAUGAGUUAACAUUUCACUCUAUUAACCAUUACUCUGACAGUUUUGGCCUACAACUCCCAGAAAUCCCAGCCAGUUUACCAGCGGUUAGGAUUUCUGGGCGUUGAAGGCCAAAACAUCUCCACAGGUUGAGAAACACUGGUCUAGACGUUUUCCCUUCCCUUGGAAGCCUUCCGAAAAAAAAGCUAAGCAGCUCCUUCCUGCAUUGAUUUGGGGUUGGGUUGGAUGACCUCUGGGGGACCCCAAGCAUUCCAGGUUUUUCCUGUUGUGAAGCAGAGGAUGCAAAGUGUCAUCAUCCAAAGCUUCCCAGGUAACUCAACAAGCCCUCAUCCCCUCCUUCUCCACCUCAGAAAUCCUUGUAUAUAUUUCAGUUUGAUUUCUCUAGACUGCGUAAGAAAUCCAGAUAGGAAAUCUACCCAGGGGAGAGUUGCGGAUAUUUUUCUUGGGAGGGGAUGUCUUUUUUUCCACUAAUGGAUUAGAUCUGCUUAUUCAGUGGGGAUGCCUUUUGGAAUGCAGUCUCCUUCCCGCAUCCUGGGCUUCGGGAGUCAGACUAGAUGACCGCAAGAGACCCCAUCUAACCCGGGAUAUUACAGAAACUACAAAUCUUCCCUAGCAGCUGGUGGUUUUGGGAGCAGAGGCAGGCAGUUUUUCCUGCUGCAAACUGACAAUAUGGAUCAGUCUGUGACCAGCUGACGUGAAUAAAAGAUCUUCAAAUGGG